AUGGCGACUGCGCGUUCGUGUCCCCCCCGGUUGCUGCUAUCGCUGUUUAUUUUCUUCUUGUUCCAGGUCUCCCUUUCCUUUGUUCCCCCGAAAAUGAACUCAAAGUCCCUGACUGUUGGCUCACGUAACUAUCAUAGCCAAUGGCAGAGAAAAAAGGGAAGAAUGCAAAGGAGCCCCUUGACCAUUCGCGCGUCGCCCAAUUUUUUAACGAGCAUAAUUACCCCCCUGUCGAAUGAAAACAUAAAAAAGUACUUUGUCCUCCGAUGCCUGUCUCGCAUAUGCGUAUCGUUAAGUAGCGCCUUCUCCCUAAAUGCAAAAAUACACUUGUAUAGGAAGAAUAAUGAUAAUCUAUUGCUCACUCAAGUGCUAAUAUACAAUGAGGUUCUCGUGAAGGUGUUGAAAAUUUGUUGGCUCUACAAGCUAAGAUCAUUUGUUGAUAGUAAUAUAAAAUUUUGUAGAAUAUUAUCGACUGUCUUUUAUGUCAUUGGUAUUUAUUUGGACUUACUGUCUACACUGGAUUUUUUUAAAAAUUCCUUCUUUUUCCCUUGCAUGUUUCAUGUCCUUUCUUCUACCCUUAAAAGUUUAAGUAUCAUGACAUAUGCAUCCAUCCGGUCUGCCACUUACCUCCGUCUGUGUGAAAUGCUCAACAAGCAGAACGAGAGUGUCGUCCCCUGCGUACUUGAUCAUUUUAAACGAGCAGGCAGGGUGGAACCCACGAAUGAUCACUUAGUCACUGAGGACCAAAGUCGGGAACGUAGAGAUAACGUAAAGUUGAAGGAGGAAAAGGUAGCAACUCACUUGGGGGAAGAUACACACGUGUCUGUUGUUGGUGCAGAACAGGGAGAUACCCCUCCGGUCAGUUUGUCAAAUGGAAUAUCCCAAAUUGAACGUAGCAACUACUGCAGCAGUGAUGCUAAUAACUCCGUCAACAACGCGAAGAAGACGUACUUUAUUGGCGAAGUCAGCGUCCUCACCGAUUUACUGAACUCCCUCGUAGACCUCCUCACCGUUGUACUUCUCACACGGGCGACCAAGUAUAUUAAGAACAAAAUUUAUUUUUACUUCCUCCUGUCUUCACUCCAUUUGUUUUUUUCUUACAAGGAGUUGCAGUGCUUGUUGAAGUAG